AUGGACAAGGAGAAAGAAGUCGAUGGUGCCGAUCAGACUAACCAAGAUCAUAUGAAGGAACCUGAAAGCUCCUUCUCCUCAUCUGAGCAGCCUGUAGAGAAAAACUUCUUCACCGAUGAUGAGGGACGGCUUGUGUUUGUGAACCGAAUAGUCCGAUGCCCCUGUAUCUCUCUUUUUCUAGCCAUCAUCCUCGCCCUAGGUGUUUCUAUCAUCGCCCUUGCGGUUGCCUUUGGAGGUUCGAACAAGAAUCCCUUCACCGACGAUCAGGCCCAGUUCGCGUUGAACGACAUCAGAUCGAUCAAGUACGAUACUCUGCGACUCGCGUCAGAGGCGGUGUCGGCAGACAGGAACAAAGUGGUUGUUGCAAAGACGCCUCUCAAGACACAAUCAACAUCAGUCGGAAUCUUCUACUGGAUUUAUGAAGCCAAGACAAGCCAGGGAAUCUUUACCAAGGACGCGCUGAUGGAUAUCUACAAUGCAGAGACAGAGAUCAUGAACGACAAUCUCUACAAGAACUACUGCCUUAGAGAAUACGACAACACCACCGUGUACGAAGAGACCGAGUGCGCCCGUCCCCUGUCGGCUACCGUGAUCUUCUUUGCGGAGAAGUGGGACUCGGUUCUCGUCAAGAAUGUGACUGCGCGCCUGAAGGAUUCGCGACUGGCUGAGCUGUACAAGAGGAUAGCUCCUUGCCUUGAGUUUGGGAUCAACUGCGCAAUAGUGCUGAAAGAUGUCUCAUCCACGGACGAAGCCGAAGUCAGGAAGCUGUCCAAUGACCUGACAAGCAUCAUGCGGUGGUGGAACGGGAAGAACAAGCAAGUUGUUGGAGAUCCAAAGGAGAUCGCUGAGUUCUGCGCUCUUAUCCGACAGUUCCCCACAAGAUCUCCAUUUGUCGAUUUCUACUUCGAUGCAAACUUCACUCUAGCAAACCCAACCAGCAUGUACUCGCGCUCCCUCUACCGCUUUGGAGGACCUCUCAAGGGCUACAAGUUGGUGGACGGUAAGGAGGGAGACGAGCAAGACAGUGAGCUGAAGAAGUGGAUCAUCGACAAUCAUCUCAAGUCGAUCGACAAGGCGACUAGCUCGGGCUACAGCAAAUUUGUGAAUGUCUUCUACUUUAUGUCAGCUCUGAUCUUCGAUGUCUUGAUCCGGAUCAUCCUCUAUGAUGCCAUGAACGCGAUCAUCAGCAUUCUCCUCGUCUUCUUCUACAUCUGGUACAUGGUGGGUUCAGGCUUUCUCGCGGUCAUCGGCAUGGUGGAGAUUCUCCUCAGUCUCCCGACCGCCUGGUUCUUCGUGAGAUGCAUCUUCCAGAUCAAAUACUUCGGAGGGUUGAACAUGCUCUGCAUCUUCAUCGUGUGUGCGAUCGGGGCCGAUGACAUCUUCGUCUUCAUGGACGCAUACAACCAGUCCAAGGUGAAGGGGCGACAUGUCAACAAGGACAUGGCCACGAGGAUGAGCUGGGUGUACAGGAAGUCCGGUCUCGCCAUGCUCAUCACGUCUGCCACCACUUGUGCUGCCUUCCUCUGCUGCCUCUCCUCCCCCAUCGCAGGCACUCAGAGCUUCGGCAUUUUCGCUGCUUUUGUUAUCCUGGCUGACUAUCUCUAUGUUAUGAGCAUUUUUUGCACAGCUGUCGUCGUCUAUCAUGAUUACUUCGAGAAGCCGCCCUUGUGCCAGUUGCCGGGAUGCUGCGGAUGUUGCGUCAAGGAUUGCUCGAGGAUCGAGACGAGCUCGACUGUGCUUGCUCGGCAGAACAGCCACGAGGACGGAAGGGAGUCGGAAGCCGAGGACAAGAUCACAGUCUUCUUCUCCACCACCUUCGCCAACCUCAUCCUGGACUACAGGUCAAGGAUCGCCAUCGCUCUUGUCCUGAUCGGCUGGCUGAUCCCAGCGGUGAUCUACACGACCAAGUUGACCCCCACGACCAAGACGGAGCAGUUCCUGAAGGACAGCCAUCCCCUGCAGAAGUCCAUCACCAUCCUAAACGAGAAGUUUCCUACCUCUACGCAAGACCGCGGGUUGGACGUGUUCUACGCGUGGGGGCUGGAAGACAUCAGCAGGAGUGGAGUGAACCAGCUGCUCGACGACAAGUUCCUGGGAGAAGCGAAGUUCGCUCCCUCGUGGACGUUCACCCCCGCAUGCCAGCAGAAGAUCUUCGAGGUCUGCCAGCGUGUCUUGCAGUCACAGGACCUGAGCGACCUGAUCAAGCUCAAGGACGAUGGCACCCCGUCUCACCGCUGCUUCCUCUAUGAGUGGAAGGAUGUGAUAGACAAGGAGGGCUGGAAGAACUCGCAGGGAUGGGUGGACACAAAUCAGGUGGACGAGAAGAUGCAGAAGUUCCUGGCGAUGCCUACGAAGAAGUCGAAGAGCAACCAGCUAGUGCUGGACUACUACAACGAGCUGGGAGCUGAUCAGCUCGGGUUCGACGGGAAGAAGCUCAAGUAUGUGGCCAUCUCCGUGGAAGCGAAGCACCUGGACCGAUGGAACAACCCGUCUGAAGCCUAUACGCGCAAAUACUACGACUGGUUCAACAAUCUCGGGGACGAGUUCAACAAGAUAGCUGAGGCUGAGUGCGGGAAGGUGACAAUGACGGACAUGGACCAGAAGUUCAUCUUCAUGAACAACCAGAUGAUCUACCGCACGUCAGCCAUCCAAGGAGCAGGCAUCGGAGUUGUCAUAGCCUUCGGCGUGCUGGUCCUAGCUACCCGAUCUCUCCUCAUCUCCGUGCUGUCCUGCUUGUCGAUCCUCGCGACUAUCGUCUCCGUGAUCGGCCUGACAACAAUGAUGGGAUGGCAGCUCGGAACGAUUCAGGCGAUUCUCUUCUCUAUCCUGGCAGGCUUCAGUGUGGACUACGUCGUGCACUUGGCGCAUUCCUAUGCCACCUGCAGCGGGACAAGAGAGGAGCGCAUUCGAAAGGCCUUCGCAGAGAUGGGUUCUCCUGUGCUGAGCGGCAUGCUCACGUCAGUCCUGGCCUCCAUCCCCCUCUUCCUCUGCCAAGUCGUCUUCUUCUCAGUCUUCGGCACCUUCCUGUGCUUCACCAUCCUCUUCUCCUGGAUUUUCGCCAACUUUGGGUUCAUGAGCAUCAUGGCGACCAUCGGGCCGCAGACUACGGACAAGAAGGAAGAAUCGACGACAGACUUGGACAGAGGAUCCAACUAUCCGGUCACCACUAGUGCUUGA